AUGCAUCGUUAUACAUCUUAGUAAGCAGAUAGAAGAAGUACAUAAAAAGAAGAUGAAGAAGAUAGUUUCAUCAAAUCUUUUAUUUAAGAUCUAAAGUCUGGUAAAAGCUUGAAAAAAUUAGGGAUUGUGAUUGUUUUGUAUCUAAUUGUUGUAAAAACCUUACUGAUUUUAAUUCCCACUGAAUACAUAAUAAUGAUUGGAGAUAGUAAAAAGUAUAGAAUUGCUGAAUUUAUUUUGCUGCUACUUAUUUUCUACUUAUGUGGAACCUAAAUUUUAGUUUACUUCAAGAAAAAAAGACCAACUUAGUCUAAGUUUGUAGCUAACAGAUAAUCAAAAGAAGAAUAUAUAAGACAGAGAAUAAGAACGACUGAAAAUGAGCUUGAUAAGUUAAAAAAAAGCAAAGAAUUUUAAAAAUGGUAACAAAGCGCUAAUAACAGAGAAAAUUCUUCAUUUAAAGAAUCAGUACUAGAUAAAGAAGACGAAAUAGUUUUUUCAGAUGAAGAUUAUUGA